CCGGGCGUCUCCUUAUCGUGUACCCUUCAGCGGCGCUGCCGGGUGCGUUUAUGAAGGAUACUAUAGAGAGAUAUCUUGGCGCCAGUUACGUGUAUAUGAGACCGUCGUCGCUAGGAAUCUGUCCACGCCGUUUAUCCUCCGGGGAUCCCGCCGCCCCCAACGAUGGCCGCCCUUGCUACCUCGCCCGCAGCGCACCUUAACGGCACCAGCUCAGCCCUACAGUCGUCGCUGCUUUUCUCGCUGACAAAGUUCGCGCGCUCGUCGCUGAUCCGGGUCUUGACGCUCGCGCUCGUGCACGGGGCCUCGUCAUGGCAACGGGUGGUCGCGCCGUCGGAGAGCGAGCUGCCGUGCGUGUCGCGCGACGCGGCGAACCGCCACGGAGUGCGGUACCCGGAGCUAGUGAGCGGACGGCUCAACGCGACGACGCUGGUGGUGCCGAUCGCGCUGGCCGAAGCGCGCGCGCUCGUGCCCGCGCCCUACGCCAUCGUCGAAGCCGCCUACCGCGAGCUCCUCCCCGCCUUCCCUCCCGCAAUGUACCCGAUGCUCGCCCAGAUCGCCCACGACCACGACGUCGGCGUCUACGCCCACGGCGCCUCCAUCCCCGACUUCUCGCGCGCCUCCCUCGAGUUCCCAUUCGUCGACCCCUUCGGCGGGCACGCCUCGUUUCGGUGGACGCCGGCGUCGCUGAUCUCGGCCAACAACCCGCUUGCGAUCUGGGGCGCGCGGGGGUACGGCAUCGAGGUCGACGGCGCGACCUUCGACCCGCCGUGCGACGCGUACGCCUUCGCGCCCGCGCGCGGCCCCCCGCCCGCGUCCGGCCACGGCGGCGCCGCCACCUACGCCCGCGCCCGCGGCAGCGACAACGACACCCGCUUCCUCGCCAUCGAGGCCCGCCCCGCCGCCGCCGCCGCCGCGUACCCCCUCGCUUUCCUGCGCAACGCCACCAACCAGCCCACGUUCGCGCACCCGGGCGCCUGCGACUACUACCGGCGGCUGUUCGACGAGCCCGACGAGGACGAGGGCGGCGCCGGAGCGCCGCCGCCCGUGGUCCCCGUCGUAGCCACCGUCAGCGCCGGCUUGCCGCCUCUCCCCGCGCCCCGGACCUGGCGCGGCGUGCGCGGGUGGCACGUCGCGACGCCGUUCGUCGAGCCGUUGCAGCCGCAGGCGUGCGAGAGGGGAGAGCCGUGACGGCGUCGGGGGAUGCUGGGGGCCGAGGAAGGGCUUGGUCCGCCGCGUCGGGUUGCUGCUUGAGAAAGUGGGAAGGCGGCCCAGCGACGUCGCCCAGGGAACGACCCUCCCA